AUGACUUACGACUCACCCAACGAUCCAGACAGACGCUAUCAGGCCCGUCCAUAUGUUCAAGACUAUCAAGACACAAUGCCGGUCCUUGAAGAUGGUCUUAUCUUGAUGGACUGGACUGGUAGUCAACCAACUCAAGACAUGGUCUAUCCUCCUAUCUCGGUCAUCCCAAACACCUUCCAUUCCUUUGUCCAGCCAGCCCAGACAAUUCAUCCCCAACCCGCUGCCACCCCAAGUUCAUCAUUUGUCCAGCAGCCUGCUGUAGCUUCAGUUCCAGUUCCAGUUCCAGUUCCAGCUUCAGUCCCUGAACCAGUCCUUGACACAUCUAAACCAUCGCACCCAGAGUGGGGUGUCCUUAAAGACCAAGAAUUCCAUCCCCUCACAUUGAAGCACCAAAGAGAUCUCGAGAAUCUCUAUCAGACAGGUGCCUCCAUCAUCGACUUUCAUUUUUGGCAGGCCAAUCUAGGUGGCUAUUGUAUGGCAAACAUGGUACAAAAAACUGUAGUGUCCCCUGAUGGAUGCUGUGCUUUGGUCAGACGCGUCGUUGAAGGUGCUCCUCAUCCCGGCAGGAAGAACAAGAAGCGAGGAAUGGGAUGA